AUGGGCCUCACCACGUCAAAUAUGAGUCUUGCCAUGCCGGCCAUGGACAUGGUUGUGCCCACGGUGCCUACUGUACCCCUUCUACAGCUACAGUUCGAUGAGGUCGAUAUUGAUCGCUACAAUAUGCAGAGGUAUUCUCGCCAUCAAGCAGUGCCAGCCAUCAGGCAAUACCUUGAUUCCAACGCAAAUCUAUCAAUAGAACAAGCCUCCGGUGUCUUGUAUGACAUGAUGCCCGACACAGGCCCAGGCCUAGACUUCAUCAACUACGACAUGUCCCUCCUCUUCAUACAGACAGCUCAGCAAAUCCCCUACUCUCACCCAUCACAGGACAAAUUCGUGGACCUCCUGGCCAGUCUCGCCAGGACGGACCGAUUCAACAAGCCGCUCAUACCGUCCAGCCCAAGAGACCACAGGUUUUUCGGGGCGCAUGGCCCAUUCGCCAUUGCACUUAACCAGGGCUCCCCACUAUAUCCUCGCAGAUACACCAAUAACGACGAGAUGGUUAACCUCGGCGCUUUUGUCGCCAGACUGGUACGCGCCAAAGUCCUCCCAAGAGCAUCUUACAACACCCCGGCGUCAGUUCUGCGCGAAGCUCUGGAAUACGAGUGUCAUGAUCCAAAUUGUCCCAUUGACGCCAGUACCUGGGUUGCCUGGUGCGCAGUGUGGAUUCUCGGUGCCGGGCGCGAAUUAUACGAAAGGGUGGUCCUGCAUCCGGAUCUGAAUCAGAAGUACUACUUAGCAGGCGAGCUUUACAGGGGGGCCCCUUUCGGCAUCGAGCGCUGGAAGUUCUGGCAGGAUAGGCUUGCGGAGAUAGCUGGGGAGCCUGAGGUUGCCGAUGAUGUUCGGCAGCUGGGACUCAAGGCUGCCGACUACAUGGGGGCUCUUGCGCGUGGUAUUUUCUGGUAA